AUGUUCAAAGUUAAGGUCAAAGUAUUCUACGCACUGUGCCCCAUCGAGCUCAAAUUCAAGCUACCGGAUCACUGCAGUGUAGUCCAUGCGGAAGUAGCCGCAGUCAAGAAAGAAAUUGUUGGUUACUACUAUCAAGAAAAUAAACAUUUACUUCGGCAUUCAAGAGCCAAUGAAAGCUCUGGGCUGGAUACAUGGUACGAAUUGGAGCGCUAUCUACGAGAUGAACCCAAAUUGCAAUCAUACAAAAAAAUCCAUUCCGAAAUCGACACAGCUUGGGAUCUGCUAUCCGCACCAGCGCGCAUUUUCGAGGAGCUGAAAAUCAAAGAGCAAAAUCUCGAUUCAGUUUCAACUACAUCGUCAGUAUCAUCAACAUGUUCAGGUAUGUCGUGGGAUAGCAGUGGUUCACAGACGCUUAGUUGUUCAGUUGUGGUGAAGAAGGAGCGGAUAGAUGAAGAUGAAGAUGAACUGCAUUUGGAUGGUUGUGAGGAAAAAUUUACCGCAUCUGCAUUGGCCACAUCGCUGGGUAAUGCCGCUGCCACCUCACUCGCGUAUUCACCAUGUGGAUCUGCUUCGAGUACGCCCACGCCGGUUGCUGGUGCCAUCAAUACUGCCAGUAUCGGGACCACUAUUUCGACAGUAUCGGAGAAGGGCAUUAAAUUGCGCGUGAUUACCACAAAGGCUCAUAACAAAGGUGCUACUAAUCGUGCUAAUAGCAUUAAUGUUAGCAUCAGCAGUGGCCAUAAUAGCAACAAUCAAAGUAACAGUAGUAGCAGUACAAGCCCGCAUGAUUAUAUGUCGCCGACGCUGACGCCACCAUCAUCACCCGAAUCGAUACGUACCAGCAACACAAAUAACACUCAGCAGCAGCAACAGCAACAACAAAUCGAUGCUGGCACCCUAAGUGCUACCGAGUUGGCUGCACUUAUUCAACAGCAACAGCGCCUCGGUCAGACGCAAUACUCCGCUGGAUCACCAACUUCAGCAGCCAUACUACGCUUUUCCAGUGCCGUAUCGACUCUGGUUAAUAGCAGCAAGAAUCCUACAUUGACGUCGACUACAGUUCCUCUGCUACAACAGCAACAACAACAGCAGCAAAAGUCACACUUGAGCACACAAACUACGAGCGCUGGCACCAAUACCGAACCACAUCCGCUACAACCAACGCAGUCACAGUCAUCAGUAUCGUCUUCGUCGUCAUCUUCGUCAACGGUACAUAGCAACAUUCCGCGCAGCACUAUCGUUCGUCUAACAUCAGCGAAUGGUACGAAGAGUGGCGCUAUUAGUUUGGCGCGUAUCAUACAAAUGCAGAAUAGUGGUAGUGGGAGUGUGGCUGCAGCGAUGCUGAAUGCGACAGUUACUUCGAAACAACAACAACAAAUGCAACAACAUGUGAUGAAUAUGGCGGUGACAGCAGCGCAGAUCGCACAGCGUGGCACGCAACUGCAGAAUCCGCAAGUAACCACAUUGACCACUAAGAACCACCAACGACUACAUGAUCAUAGUCCAGAUGCUAAGCGUCGAAUACAUAAGUGCCAAUUUUUGGGUUGCAAAAAAGUCUAUACAAAAAGUUCGCAUCUAAAAGCGCAUCAAAGAACGCACACCGGCGAGAAACCAUAUAAAUGCUCUUGGGAAGGAUGUGAGUGGCGUUUCGCACGCAGCGACGAAUUGACGCGACACUAUCGCAAGCACACGGGCGCCAAGCCGUUUAAAUGUCGUAACUGUGAUCGCUGCUUCUCCCGUUCAGAUCACUUGGCGUUGCAUAUGAAGCGUCACAUGUAAAUAAACUAAAAAGUUUUCCAAAUAGAAUGAAGCAAAUAGAAUGGAACAGAUGAACGAAAGUGGCAUACCAAAUGAAGGUGCAAAAUGUGCAAAUGUGUUAAGACUAACCGAAAGCAGUACAUAUGUAGCAGUAACUGAAAAGAUAAUUAAAAAAUGCAAAAAAUCAAAGAAAAACCAUACACACUAAAAUUAGCUAUAAGGAAAAAAAUUAGAUAUUAAGAGAAAUCAUAUAAAAUGAAAAAAAAACAAAUGAUAAUUGAGAAAUGUAAUCAUAAUGUGCCAUCAACACACAAAAAAUGCAAACAUUAAAAAAUAAUUAGCUAAGGAAAUACAAAUAAUAAUAAAUAUCAAAACAAAAAAAACGCACACACACUUGACAAAAAACCAAAAACCAAAAAAAAAAAAAAAAUACAAAAUCGCGUAUGGAAAUUAUUUCAAAUUUUUUAACUUUAUCUAAUGCGACUACAUAAAUUUAGGCUAAUCUUUGAACACAUUCAACAAAUUUCCAUAUUAUUUGUGUGCAAAUAUAAAUAUGUAUUGUAUACAAAAAUUAACAAUGCAAAUAGUUGAUAAUUUUAUUAUGUUGACGUAACAACAUACUGUACUCCUUCAGGUGUUCAAUGCAUUACAUUUUAGAUCGCUACAAAGCUGCUUUAAUUCACGCAUACAAAUAAAUAAAUACAUACAUUACAUAUGUAUAUAAAAAUCUUUAAGAG